AAUGAAAACUAUUUUACUAUUAUAAAUAAUUCAUAUAUUUUAUUUCAGAAAAUGAAGAUUGCAUAAAAUGCCCAGGUAAAAAACAAAGACCCCAGGUAUCCUUGGUAUGCCGAGGAAAGGAGGAAACAAGAUUAAGAUGAAAGAAGAAAAGACCAGUGAAGAGAUGGAUGUGGAUAAAUGUGAUAAAAAGGGAAAAACAAAAAACCCAGAAACUCCCAAGGAGGUUCCAGCAGAAGAAACGUUAAAACCUUCUAAAGAUAUUGAUCCUGGACCAACACUCAUAGAUGCAGAAACUCUUAAGGAUUUGCUGGAGUGCCCGGUAUGCUUACGUGUACCUAGAGAAACACCAAUAUAUCAGUGUGCUAGAGGACAUGUUGUAUGUGGAGAAUGUAAACCUAAAGUUACAACCUGCCCACAGUGUAGAGAAGUUUUAGGCAAUAUCAGAUCUCUUGUAUCUGAGAAGGUUCUAGAGAAACUACCCGCCAGCUGUAAAUAUUCAGAUCAUGGUUGUCAGAUUGAAGUGAUGCGAUAUUUGUUGCCAGCACAUGAAUCUCAGUGUAAAUAUAGAAUAGUAAGUUGUGUGGAUUUGGCGUGUCAGCAACGUGUCAGUUUGUCCUGUAUGCUAAACCAUCUAGAUUCCGAUCAUGAAACAGAAGAUUUUGUCAGAGUUGAGGGAGGGGAGUACAGUAGUCAUUUUAUAAUCAACGAAGAGGACUUUCAGAAGGAUAUUAUGUGGACCUCUGAUCAAUUGCAUUUUGAUGGAAACUAUUUCUACCGAGAAUGCUGCAGGAGUAACAAAGGAUUGUGGUAUAUCUGGGUGUAUCAGUUGGACCCGGGGGUAGAACCAUUAGACCAGUAUACUUGUAAGAUUUCCAUAAAUAGUUCUAAUGAUGAGGACAGUCUUUCUUAUACUUCCAAACCUCUGUCAUUAGAUUUAACAAAGGAGAAAGUAGCAGAGUCGGGUCGGGGUCUAGUGUUUACUGAUACAACAGCUAGAUUGUUCUGCCAGGAGAGCAAAAUAAGAUACAGUGUUGAAAUCAAGAAACGGAGAAUUACAAUAGAAGAAAUAUAAUGAAUAACUUAAAUAAAGAAUUAGAAGAACAGUAGUGCACAAAAGAAAAGACCAACGAGGGUGAAAAAUAAUAUUAAAGGGACUGUAAUCGUUAUUUCAAGUGAUCCUCCCAAUUUAAAAACGGCAUUAACGAUUCACAACGGUACCCUUUGACAGUUAUCGAUUUUAAGAUAAAAAAACUGUCAAAGGUUUGAAGGGAAUAGUUGUGAAGAGAGUGAACAGUUGAAAUUACGUUAACAGUCCCUUCAACCUGGAAAUGGAUGUAGAAGAGUUAAAGAAAUAAAAUCUAAUAUUUAUACAGCGUCGCCAGGCCCGUAGAUAGGAAUGUUGUGUCACAUUUAAGAUUAGAUUUAUAAGUAGGGUGCGCGCCACAAGCGAAUUUUUUUUUACCUGAAAAAACCUUUUUUUGUAUGAUUCCUCCUUUCCUUUAAUUUACUGUACAUGUGAUAUAAAUAUAUAAUAAUAAUAUAUAUAAAUCUCUAACGCUGCAUGGAAUAAAUGUACUUCAAAAUUUGGCA